UCGACUCUAAGUGAAUGUCUUCAUUCGCUCGUCUUCUUUCGUCCUGGUUGUUGUGUUGUUGAACUCUUGUGCCCACCAGUUACGUAAGGCAAUGUCGGCAGAAUCAUCUUUUAACGGAUCGUAUCAGCGUCUCAAACAUUUGAUGACGUGUUUCGUUUGUUACAACAAGUACAGCGCCAGUCGCAAACCCAAAUGGCUAAUUUGUAAGCACUAUUUCUGCCAGCAGUGCCUAGCUGAAAUUCAGGAGAAAAACAUAAUCAAAUGUCCACUCUGCCGCCAGCUUCAAUUCUAUUCUGAGGUGACAUCGGUCCAGCCGGAUGCCGUCGUCAAUUUGAUGGAGAAAGCUUCGGUCCACCUGGCAAGGUUGAAAGCCAACCAGCGGCUUAAGCGAGAGCUGGAAACAGCUAAGAUUAAGAAGAUUCAAUUGUGGGAAGAAAAAGAAAGAAAACUCGAAGCGGAUUUGGCUAAUUUUCGCCAAUCUUCUACAUUCAAAGAUUUUUCAGCACUUCAAUUAGCGUUGGCUUUAGCCAAGAAUCAAGUGAUUCCUCUCGCCAGUCAAGAUCGAAUUGAUUUUUAUUCCGAUUUCCAAGAGAGACUGGAACAGUAUUUGAGAAAUUUUGCCAGCGUAACAAAUGAAGUCAUCAGCUGGAUUGAGGGGGUCAAUAAUCAAAUUACAGCUAAAGAUUUUACCGACUACCAUUUCAUCCGCGCCUUGACAGCUGCCAUCAUCAACUGUUCAAUUACAAAAGAUCGCGGAGGCUUAAACACGAUACGCACUUCUGUAUUGAAACACUGGGCGCCAGUUUUAAAAAGAUACGUCGACAGUGAGAUCUUUUACAAAAAUCACAACGCCAUUAUGGAAAUGAAACUGAUUUUGGCAGUGCAGGAGUUGACGUCUGAGAGAAAAUACCGCAAAGGUUUGACGCUCGAAAUUCUGAGCGCGUUCGGCGAAAAUGGCUUGUUCUUAUCGUGUUUUGACGCUGUCAGAAAAACAUCUUGCUCAACCGAGUCUUUCGCUAGUUUAGCCUUUUACAUCAUCUCUUGUCUUCCGCAAUAGUCGACAAGUCAAAAAGCUGCUUUGAUCCGCCAACAAUUCAGUGAUCAAUAAUUCAUUUCGCCCCUGUUUUCUUUAUUUACAAUUGCCAUUCCCAGUUGUGUAUUCGCAUUCUUUGUAGUUGAAAAAAUGAUGUUGCUGGGGGGGAUAAAUUUACAUUCAGAUCACAAUUUUGUUUGUUUUUAAACGACAAGGACAAAUUUGGUGUACGUGUAGGCAGCUAGGUGGGCUAUUACGUUGUAAAAAAAGAUACGACUAAUAGUUUAAUAAAUCAUGAUAAGCCUUCAAC